AUGCAGACUAUCAAGUGUGUAGUUGUUGGAGAUGGUGCUGUCGGAAAGACCUGCCUCCUGAUCUCGUACACCACGAACAAGUUCCCAAGCGAAUACGUCCCAACUGUCUUCGAUAACUAUGCGGUCACUGUGAUGAUUGGCGAGGAUCCCUAUACAUUAGGAUUGUUCGAUACUGCCGGCCAAGAAGACUACGACCGCCUGCGCCCGCUAUCCUACCCGCAGACGGACGUCUUCCUCGUCUGCUUCAGCGUCACCUCGCCCGCGUCCUUCGAGAACGUCAAGGAGAAGUGGUUCCCCGAGGUGCACCACCACUGUCCGGGCGUCCCCUGCCUCAUCGUCGGCACCCAGGUCGAUCUCCGCGACGACGCCCAGGUGAUAGAGAAGCUGGCGCGGCAGAAGCAGAGGCCGGUCACGAGCGAGCAGGGCGAGCGCCUUGCACGCGAGUUGGGCGCGGUCAAGUAUGUGGAGUGCUCGGCGUUGACGCAGAAGGGGCUGAAGAAUGUGUUUGAUGAGGCAAUCGUGGCCGCCCUCGAGCCGCCCGUCUUGAAGGGGAGAGGAAAAAAACUGUGUCUCAUCCUCUGA